GCGAGUGGCGCAACUGGCGAGUAAGAUGGCGGCCGGGUGCGGGGAGCGGAGCUUCGUCCAGGUGUGAGAUUAUAUGUGUUGUCGCCUGGUGAGAGAUGGAAGGAACAUAUCGGGUUUUGCAGACUCCUGGAGCUCGACUUGGAGCACUGACAAAUGCAGCAGUUAGUACACUAGAGCCAGGUCAGAGUCUCUUGAUGGCCACCACAUCAACCUCUCUUAAACCCCAUGGUAGAAGGAUGCAACUCACGGUUCAGUUGUUGGAUGAUAUACAGGAGCAGUUUGAAGUAGAGCAAAAAGCUCAUGGGCAGGCCCUGAUGGACGAAGUCUGCCAACGACUGAACCUCAUUGAAAAUGAUUACUUUGGACUGGAGUUCCGUAACAGUCAAGGGAAUGAGAUAUGGCUUGAACCUGCAAAACCUAUUGUGAAACAAGUGCAAAGACCAAAGAACACAUUAUUCAGACUUUCAGUUAAGUUCUUCCCCCCUGAUCCUGGACAGCUGCAGGAGGAGUACACAAGGUACUUGUUUGCACUGCAGAUUAAGCGGGACCUGGCAGAAAAGAAAAUAAUGUGCAGCGAGAACACAUCUGCACUCCUCAUCUCGCAUAUUUUGCAGUCUGAGAUUGGGGAUUGUGACGAAUCUGUAGAUCUGGUUUACCUUAAGAGCAAUACACUCCUGCCAAACCAGCAGAUGCUGCAGGGAAAGAUUAUCGCCUUUCAUUGGCAAAACAUAGGCCAGACUCCAGCUGCAUCGGACUUCCAAGUUCUGGAGAUAGCACGAAAACUUGAGAUGUACGGAAUUCGGUUUCAUCUCGCCACGGAUAGAGAAGGGACGAAAAUCAAUCUGGCUGUCGCCCACAUGGGAGUACUGGUGUUUCAGGGCAAUACAAAAAUUAACACCUUUAAUUGGGCAAAGAUCCGAAAGCUCAGUUUCAAGAGGAAACGAUUCCUCAUCAAGCUACACCCAGAGGUCUAUGAUUCGUACCAGGAUACAUUGGAGUUUCUUCUGGCUGACCGUGAUGUGUGUAAGAUUUUCUGGAAGAACUGUGUUGAGUACCACACUUUUUUCAGACUCCUGGACCAACCCAAGGCAAAGGCCAAAACAGUCUUAUUCAGCCGGGGAUCCUCUUUCAGAUACAGUGGAAGGACACAUAAACAGCUGGUGGACUACAUGCGUGAGAGUGUGACUAAAACUACCCCUUAUCAGAGGCGGCACAGCAGAACACGAGUCCCAGCUCAGACUUUGACCACAGAUGUGCCAAAACAGAGUUUAUCAUUCAUUGAAGGCUUGGAGGUUCCAGUCUCUCCCUCCUCAGCCGCUGCUUCCUUUCAGUCCGUUCAUUCUGUGUACAAGGGUGCCACAGACAGCCGACCCACCCACCAAGAUGAUAGCAACAUACUCCUGAUCAACAAGCAUUCCACACAGAAACUUCCAUCAGAUAUGAAAACGUGUCCAGCGAUGGAGGAGACGUGGAAGACUUCCAAUCAGCCCUCUCCAAUCUCCUUGCAAGAUGGUUUGGUUGACAGUCUUCAGCUUUCCCCUCUUACUACAAGGAGCACCCUCAAUGUUAUUGUUCCUGGGUCCCAGAUGUCCAACCUGAAUCUGCCCCCUCAAGCUCCAUCUCCGUUGCAAAGCCCAAUUCUCAGCGAUGUCGGGAGCGUGAGGGCAGAUGACGAAGAAGAAGACCGUCGAAAGCGUUAUCCAGCUGAUAAGGCAUUCUUUAUUGCAAAGGAAAUUCUGACCACAGAGAGGACCUAUGUGAAGGAUUUGGAUGUCAUCACUGUGUGGUUUCGUAGUGCAGUUAUCAAAGACAAUGCAAUGCCAGAAGGAUUAAUGACGCUGCUGUUUUCCAAUAUUGAUCCUAUUUAUGAAUUUCAUCGAGGAUUUCUGAAGGAGAUUGAACAGAGGCUGGCUCUUUGGGAAGGACGGUCCAACGCUCAUGUUAAGGGAGAUUAUCAGAGAAUUGGUGACAUCAUGCUUCGAAAUAUGUGUAGUCUUAAGGAAUUCACCAGCUGCCUGAAGAAACAUGAUCAGGUUCUCAUGGAACUGGAGAAAUGCACUAAACGAUCAAAGAAGCUGGAGGGCGUUUACAAAGAGUUUGAGUUACAGAAGGUUUGUUACCUUCCUCUAAACACAUUCCUGCUGAAACCAAUUCAGAGGCUGAUGCACUACAAGCUCAUCUUGGAGAGACUCUGCAAUCACUAUCAGCCCGACCAUCGAGACUAUGGAGACUGCAGUGAUGCACUAAAGGAGGUACGAGAGAUGAGUGCUCAGCUGCACAGCAGUUUAGUCCGACUGGAGAAUUUUCAGAAGCUUACAGAACUGCAACGGGACCUUAUUGGCAUUGACAACCUGAUUCUGCCAGGAAGGGACUUUAUUCGGGAAGGCUGCCUCUAUAAACUUACAAGAAAAGGGCUUCAGCAGAGGAUGUUUUUCCUGUUUUCUGACAUGCUGUUGUACACAAGCAAAGGAGUAACGAACAGCAACCAGUUUAAAGUACAUGGCCAGCUACCAUUGUAUGGAAUGAUUAUUGAGGAAAGUGAGAGUGAAUGGGCUGUUGCACAUUGUUUCACCAUAUACUCUGCCCAGAAGACUAUCGUUGUAGCAGCAAGCUCCCGGAUAGAGAUGGGAAAAUGGAUUGAGGACCUGAACCAGGCUAUUGAGCUGGUGAAGAAAUCAAACGAGAAAAGAAACCCAGUUCUGGAGAGCAACAGCUAUGAUCGAUCAAACAGAUCUUCAGACGAAGUGUCACUGGAGCAAGAAUCUGAAGAUGACACUCACUCCUCCCAUAGCUCGUUGGACAAGCAGACCCAUCACCGUGCCAAUACUACAGUGCACGUGUGCUGGCAUCGCAACACAAGUGUUUCCAUGCUGGACCACAGUGUUGCAGUGGAGAAUCAGCUCUCUGGAUACCUGCUAAGGAAGUUCAAAAACAGCAACGGGUGGCAAAAACUUUGGGUUGUCUUCACCAACUUCUGCCUGUUCUUCUACAAAACCCACCAGGAUGAUUACCCUCUGGCCAGCCUCCCAUUGUUGGGUUACAUGGUGAGCAUGCCUUCCGACCAUGACCACAUCCACAAGGAUUACGUCUUCAAGCUGCAGUUCAAAUCUCACGUUUAUUUCUUCAGAGCUGAAAGCGAGUACACUUUUGAAAGGUGGAUGGAAGUUAUCAAAAGUGCAACCAAUUCACCGGAACGGAUGAUGCACCAUAGCCAGAAGGACACUUGAAUUGGGGUGAAAGAUUAUGAGUGCUGAAUGGAGAAAGUGGGAACUGGAUUCAAGUUCCACAGAAAAACAGAAAAGUCCACAGAAAAAUUAGAAUGCAAUGUCAAGUUGAAUCGACAAAACUCAGACUCACCAUUGUCACAAACAUGUCGAGCAACUCUUCAGAAGGCAACACCUUGCCUGACUCAGUGUGUCAAUGACAGAAUCAUUGUAAGAUCGGAAUGGGUGCAGACCUAGACUUCAGAUGAAAACAAUGACAUUCCUGCUGUUUAAAAGGGAGUCCUGAUACAUUUAUCAAACACCAAAGGAAUUGCCUCCCAUUCAAUAAACAAACCACAAGAGCACAACA